AUGUGCCUUAGCUGGGAGACGAUCAUUUUUCUCAUUUCUUCCGUACUCACACCGAUCACAGCACGAUUUUGUAUGGACAGUGUUCGAGGUUCUUGUGAAUCGAGCAAUGAUUGGUGUCUUUUCGAGGAAAAUCACGGGAAUUUUGGAUGCGAUUGGAGAAAUCAAUGCGAGGAGAUUUCUAAAAAGAAUCAGACAAACGGUUGCUUUGUGACGAAAAGUGGUGACACUGUGUGCUGUUGUCGACAAAGUGAUGGUUGUUCAAUCGAGUUCAUGAAACAAGUGAAAAAGGGGAAUGUGCAAAAAUGCUAUCAUGCAAGGGAAUCAGCAUCGGGUAUGCUGCGAACUUUUCGAGAAUGUGAGGAUCCUUGGUGCUACACUCUGUUCACAUAUAAUCUCGACGGAACUCUCAAAAUGGAAUUCGGAUGUCAAUCGAGAACCAUGGUGAAACACGAUGUAUUCCAAAGGCAAAAUAAGAAAUAUCGAAAUAACACAUGGUGGUUGAACUCGGAGACACAAUAUAGGCAACCAAGAUGUUCUGAGAUCACGGUUGGACUCGAUGAAACGAAGAAGGCGAUGAUGUGCUAUUUGUUUGAAUAUAAGGGAAAACACGGGCGUUUAUGUUGUUGUCGUGGCGAGGAUCGUUGCAAUCAGGAUUUCUCGAUCCGAAGCCCAUCUCGUACUUUCGAUGAUCUCAUUCGAAUUCGGAAAUCGAUCAAUUCCACGUUUCGAAUGUUUCACUAUG